AUGGCAGUUGCACAAGAACAUUGGGCCGCUAAAUGGAUUAAAUAUGAAGGAUGUCUCCCUCAUGGUGCUUUUCAAGUAGGCAAUCAUGCUAUUGGUCGUGGAAGAUUUGAGGGUGGCAUGCACAUUGGCUAUGUUGAUCAACAUCAUCAUCGAUUAAUUAUUGGUUGGGGUUCACGUCAACAUGAAUUACAUGAAUUCGAAGUUUUGUGUGGUGAACAUAAUCAAUUUAAAUGGCAUUCUUGUGAGGGAGCCUGUCGACCACAAUUCUUCAUCCCUCUGAAAGGUGGCUAUGAAGCGGAUGGUAAAGAAUUAUAUAUCGCCAAAGCCUGGCAUGAUAAUCAAGAGAGAAUCGGUAAAGCUGGUCAGGACUUGACUUCAUGA